AUGUACGUGGCGACGCCCUCUAGUGCGAGUAUCACGGUGAAGCGAGCUCCUAGGCCUACCACUCACGUAGUGUCUGAGUCGCCGAGUGAGGUUCCUCCUUCCCCGACGAAGGCAGUAUGGCAGACGGUGCGUAUCACUAUGGAGUUCCUGAGGAUGCCCUCUAGGGUACCAAUGAUAGUCGAGAUCGACCCGACUGGGAAGAGAGGCUCCUUGAAGGCGAAGCUUGUGGGUAAUCAACGCUUGGCUCGUGGCACGUACAUGCUAGCCGUUCAUGAGUUCGGUGACCGAACCAACAGGGGGAAGAAGACUGAGGUACUCACGGUGGAGGUAGAGAGGCAAGAUCAAAGCAUCGAUGAGGAGUUUACCUUUGAUACUAUCAGCGGAGCGGAUCUCUCGGGUCAUGGGAUCGUCUUGGAAUGGUACCCGAGGAAGCUACGGACUGGAGGGGGCGAGGUGGGGGAUGGUGGAAAGGACUUCGCUUGGGCGGUGAUACCCACAAUUGCUGGUGGAGUAGAUCCGGACUCGGAGCUCGACUUGAUCUGUGAGUGGUCCGGUGGCCAGGGGUAUGUGGAAGUGGUCUCCAAAGAUGUCGAGGGCGUCUUGUGUGGUGUUAACAGAACCCGAGCGCCGGUCGAAAUCCGAGCCGAUUGCUGCUCUGAACUUCUCACAGCAGGGGAGCCCUUUGGGGUGACGAUGGACGAGUCGGAGAAAUUGGCAGUAAACUUCAGAUUCGGCGAGGCUGGUCGGAGUGCGUGUAGAGCAUGCAGUGCCGGUGAUAAGCUCAUAUUGCGCAUGGCUCAUAAGGACCACAAGGAGUGUGUACUGGGACGCUUCUCCGCCGAAGACAGCGAGCUAGCUGGAGAGGUCGAUUGUAGCGUCUUGAAAUCUCAUAUCGGCAGUUCCUUAGCUGUGACGGGUAUAGCAUCCAACUUCGCUGCAUUGCUGAUGGUGAUUGGUGGCUUAUCUAUCAUAUGCUGGCCCGUGGCAUGGUGUGUGAGUAGAUAUAAGCGGUUACGGAGGAGGGAGGAAGGCUGGCGAAAACUCGGUGGUAACCGGGAAAUGGUGUCUUUGAGGGGAGCGGACGACGAAGGUUCUUUGGUCGAGAGCCCGGUGGAGUCUUCUCAUGGUGGAAUACCGACUGACGGUGGAGAUUCUGGGGUGCCACGUCGAGUAUUUGAGCGAGGUCCUAUGGAAUGAGUUGAACCAUUUGAUACUAUUCGUGUAUUUCCAUUCCUGUCACCUUUUCUGAAUCACGAAGAUGGCGGUGUUGGAAACGGCGUACGCCUGGGAUAGGGGACAUGCGCUGGAAAACUGAGAGCAGGAUUAGGAGUAAGCAUGUCGAGAAGUGGGAUUGGAAGCGUCAUGUGUUGAGUAUCAA